GUUGCAUUUGAACUUGAAGUUCACAAGUCAUCAUGGAACAGAAACUCGCCAAAGUAACCGACGUCGCCCAGAAGUCCUUUGACUUUGUGGUAGUGGGCGGUGGUGUGUCAGGAUGUACUAUCGCGUCGAGGUUGUCGGAGAACCCCAACGUUUCGGUCGCACUCUUGGAAGCUGGCAACUCGCACUUCGACGAUCCCCUCGUUUCUGUGCCCGACGGCUGGAUGCAACAGGUAUUCGACCCCGAGUACGACUGGGUGUUCCGCACCACCACGCAAGAGAAAGUCGUCAACAAUAUCACUACUCCCAGUGGUGGUCCAGAUAAGAGCUUCUUCUGGUCUCGAGGGAAGGGCCUGGGCGGCAGCUCUGCUCUCAACUUCCUGUUCUGGACCAGACCUCAGCGUGAAGAGAUCGACGCUGUGGAAGCGCUCGGAAACCCGGGCUGGAAUUGGGAGCGCUAUUUUGCGGCGGCGAAGCGAGCCGAGACCUUCCUUCCGUCACCUGCCAACAACUUCCCGGAGUUCCGUGAACUCUACAACAAGGACUCUGUUGGUCACUCUGGUCCUGUCCCAAUCUCGUUCUGCAGGACCGUCUCCGGCGCUGAGCUGUACUUCCAAAAGGCAUUGGAAGCACAUGGCGUUAAGACAAUCGAUGAUGGACUCGGUGGCUCGCUUACCGGUACCUUCAAAGCUGCCGCGAACAUCGAUCCUAGGACUGGCACUCGUAGCACCGCCGCGACGGGCUAUAUCGUCCCAGCUCUUGAUCGUCCAAACCUGAAGGUGCUCACCGCCGCGUACGUCAAUCGCGUCCUGACCAAAAAGGAGGACGAUGAUGUCGUCGCUACUGGCGUCGAGUUCGAGCAUGGCGGAAACGUGCACGUUGUCCAUGCUGCCAAAGAAGUGAUCCUGUGCGCGAGCACGGUCAAGUCCCCACAUAUCCUCGAGCUGAGCGGUAUCGGAAAUCGCAAUGUAUUGGAACCUCUCGGCAUCCCGGUACAGGUUGACCUUCCUUCUGUUGGCGAGAACCUGCAAGAUCACCUCAUCUUCACAAGCUGCGUCUUCAAGAUGAAGGAGGAGCACGGCUUCGUUACAAGCGAGACCAUUACGUUGCCAGAAGUACAGACAAAGCUCCGGAGCAUCUACGGAGAAGCAGCUGGCCCCCUUUCACUCGCUUGCACCGGCGUCACCUUCCUCCCGCUCCACACGUUCUCCGAUCGGGCGGACGAGCUGAUCGAGAAGGUCGAGAAGAGGAUCGAGCAGAACGCGGACAAACUGCCGCCGGGUUUGAAGGAGCAGUACGAGCAGCAGCUGAAGUUGCUCAAAGACAAGAACGUGCCCGACCUCGAGAUUGUCGUCUUCCCCGUCAACGUGCAUCCUGCAGGUCCUCCGAAACCGCACAUCGGCCUCCUUCCCUCGAUCGGUCACCCAUUCUCUCGGGGAACCAUUCACGCCAGCUCGAGUGACCCCAAGGUCCAGCCAACGAUCGAGCCGAACUACCUCGCGGAAGAGAUUGACAUCGACAUUCUGGUUGAGUCCGCGAAGUUCAUCCGGAAGGUUACGCAGGAUGGGCCUUGGAAGGAUGUCAGCGAAGCGGAGCUGAUUCCUGGCGCCAAUGUCACCACGGACGAGCAGCUGCACGAGUUCGUCAAGACGAACGUCUCUACUACUUGGCAUUCGUCAGGCACGUGCUCGCUCGCGCCGAAGGAGAAGGGUGGUGUGGUCGACACCCACUUGAAGGUGUACGGCACGAAGAACAUUCGCGUCGCUGACCUGUCUAUUCUUCCUCUCCUUACUGUCGUCCAUACGCAAGCCACUACCUAUGGCAUCGCAGAACAAGCUGCCGACAUCAUUAAAGCGGACCAUGGCAUCUAAUGGAGCAUGAUCAAUAGGUAGUUCGCCUUCCACCAAGAACGCUGCAUGCAUGAUAGAGCAAGUAGCGUGUUUCAUGUGUCAUGUAGAAUGUGUACGACGAUUGUAUCUGUAUUGUUCUUCGGAGCAAGCUCGUCGCUAUAUUGCGUAUCGUGAUCAUGCUUGUCUCACCCACCCGUAUAUCCC